AUGCUCGCCUCCGUCGAGCGCCACACGCGCGAAUGCGUCAAGGAACUAUUCCACUUCAUCGCCGCCCAAGGCCAGGGCGACUACCUCGGCGAGCAGGUCUCGCAGCUCGAACACACCCUGCAGACCGGACAACUCGCAGUCCAAGCCGGCGCGGACGACGACACAGUGCUGGGCGCGCUGCUCCACGACGUGGGCCGCUUCAUCCCCGCGGCAGCGAAGAUGCCGGCGAUGAUCGCGCCGGACGGCGUCUUUGUCGGCCGCGGCAGCCACGAGGUCCUGGGCGAGAAGUACCUCCGCGGCCUGGGGUUCAACGAGUCCAUAUGCCAAUUGGUGGGCGCGCACGUCAUGGCGAAGAGAUAUCUGACGGCCGUGGAUAAGGGGUACUACGACGGGCUGAGUCAGUCGAGCAAGACGACUCUGAAAUUCCAGGGCGGGACAUUCACCCCGGAGCAGGUCGCCGAGGCGCAAAAGGAUCCCCUGCUACAGGCCAAAUUGGCUGUUCGACGCUGGGACGACACGGCCAAGGUCCCCAAGAUGGCGACACUGCCGCUCGAAUACUACGAACGCAUGGCGACCAAGAGCCUCCUGGGUAAGUGCGGCGAACCGUGCUCUCUCCCCUCCAUGGUCCCCAAAAGGUCGCAGAAAGCUGAUCUCGAGGAAACGGAAUGGUUAGCAUCGCGAUCUGUCUUUGAAUUGCACGGACGAAAAUACAAGCUCCCAGAAAAACCCACAGUCGUCAUCUGCAUUGACGGCUUUGAUCCCGAAUACCUCGACCAAGGGAUAUCCGACGGCAUCACCCCCAACUUGGCCAAAUUUGUCCGAUCGGGCUUCGCCGCCACCGCGAAAUGCGCCAUGCCAUCAUUCACCAACCCAAACAACGUCUCCAUCAUCACCGGGGCGCCAACAUCCGUGCACGGGAUCGCGGGGAAUUUCUUCUUGGAUCGCACGACUCGAAAGGAGGAAAUGAUUGUCGACGACGCAUUGCUUCGAGGGUCAACCAUUCUGGAGCAGAUGUCGAAGCGAGGCGUGCGUGUCGCUGCCAUAACUGCAAAAGACAAGCUGAGGGCGAUCAUCAACCACGGCCUAAACUGCUCGCGCGGAGACAUCUGUUUUUCAGCCCAAUAUGCCGACAAGUGUACCCAGGCCGAGAACGGCAUAUCUGAUGUCGAGAAGUGGCUGGGAAUUGCCGCGCCGGACCAAUACUCAGGAGAUCUGUCUCUAUUUGUGCUCAAGGCCGGGAUCAAACUACUCGAAGAAGAUCGGGCUGAUUUCUUCUAUCUCACCCUGUCGGAUUAUGUCCAGCACAAAUUUUCCCCUGGUAGCAAGGAAGCAAAUGCCUUCAUGGCGACUGUUGAUGACUGUAUCGGUCGCUUAGUUCAACUAGGGGCGACUGUUGUCGUGACCGGAGAUCACGGAAUGAGCGACAAAUCCAAGGAUGACGGUACCCCAAACGUCCUUUUCGUUGAAGAAGAGCUGGAUCGGAAAUUUGGCCAUGGCUCCUCGAGAGUCAUUUGCCCGAUCACAGACCCUUUCGUCCGCCACCACGGCGCAUUGGGCUCUUUUGUAAGGGUAUAUUUGAACCGUGCAGACAUCAGCAUCGACGACGCCCUGGCCUACUGUCGAACCUUUCCAGAAAUCGAAGUUGCCCUAGACGGACCGACGGCUUCUCAGAUGUUCGAGAUGCCCCUCGACCGCGAGGGAGACAUCGUGCUGGUCGCCAAGGAGAAUGCCGUUCUGGGAAGUCGAAAAGAAGAACACGCCCUCGAAAAUCUGCAUGGCCAUCGGCUUCGCUCCCACGGUGGGCUGUCUGAGCAGUUGAUCCCUCUGUUGCGAUCUCACCCUACCGGCACUCAAGUUGAGGACCGGCAGUGGAGGAAUUUCGAUGCCUUUGACCUGGCUCUUAACUGGUGA